AUGAUAACAAAGUUUGAUACAGGGCCAGUUUCUAAAGUUUAUUCAUACUUAUACCUAGUGGUGGGAUCAAAUGUGUAUUAAGUAUAAUCGAUAUAAUAUAAGCCUCUCAAUUGACAUAGGUACAAAAUAAUGAAGUAUUAUAGAAAAUACUAUAUUUAUAUUACUCUACUAUAUAUUUAUAUUAUAUUUUCUAUAUAUUGAUAUUACUAUACUAUAUAGAAAAUAAUAUAUUUAUUAUAGAAAACGAUUCUGUCCAAUUGGGAACCAAUGGCGAAGAAUUAUAAAGAGAUUUGGGGAAGAUUUUUGCAUCGAAUCUUGUUACUUGCGGAAUAUAAUACUAACGUGUGUAGAAUUAACAGUGACAAAUGUGUACGCACCCUUAAAAGGAACGAUGAGCGACGGAGCAGAAACACCGAUGUUCGGUAG